GGGCGAGUCUUUUUGCCCUGCGAUUCGGUCGCCGACUUAUGUAAAAGGGAGAAGGUGCGAUGUACGUUUCUUAAGCUCCACAGGAUUAGAUAUAGGAGAGUGGGAGUUCUCAUCACAAGUGACUCCAAUAAAAGCGAUUGGAGAUCGAUGCAGAUCGGCAAGGGUCAACCAAUCAAUCUUGAAAUUAGGCAUUACUAAUGAACAAUUAGAAGCCAUAAAGGUUCCCUUCUUGCAAAUUUCAGGAAUUUAUGGACAGUUAUUAGUAGAAGAUCUUGUAAACGGUUUUUAUAUUAUCUUCCCGGGUGCAACAUUUGAAUUGCCUACCAAGUUAUCGCAGAUCAGAAAAUUAAAAUCAACAGUCAGGAUUUUUAAACACAUAUUAGAAAUAUACGAAAAAAUGCUCUGUGAAAUAGACCACAAUUAUAACCCACUUAAUGAUAUUUUUAACGUAGAUUUCAAUGAUUUCAACUAUGAACAAUCAAAUUGCAAAACAGCCUUUAUUCGGGAACCUUUUUGGUCACCAAAAAAGAACAUUUCUUCUGAGUUAAUAGCUGCAUUUGAACAAAUGGAAAAAUAUAAUAU